GAUUCUGUAAGUUUGUUGGAGGACGUGAACACAAAUACAUUAUUACAUACAUUGAAUGUGACGGAUAUCGAGGGAGACAACAUAACAUGUCUACUGAACUCGAACAGCUCAUUAUUUGAAGUGACUUUGAUUCCACCAUCAAAUACAGAAUAUGGGAUCUAUCUAAAAGGUGGAACAAAUCUUGAUUAUGACAUAACUCAUUCAUACUCGAUGACUGUAGAAUGUAGCGACAAAAGACGAAAUGAUACUGGAAAUUAUACAGUUAAUUUGAUAAGAAAUUCAGCACCAGUUAUCAAUAGCCUGCCAGAUUCUGUAAGUUUGUUGGAGGACGUGAACACAAAUACAUUAUUACAUACAUUGAAUGUGACGGAUAUCGAGGGAGACAACAUAACAUGUCUACUGAACUCGAACAGCUCAUUAUUUGAAGUGACUUUGAUUCCACCAUCAAAUACAGAAUAUGGGAUCUAUCUAAAAGGUGGAACAAAUCUUGAUUAUGACAUAACUCAUUCAUACUCGAUGACUGUAGAAUGUAGCGACAAAAGACGAAAUGAUACUGGAAAUUAUACAGUUAAUUUGAUAAGAAAUUCAGCACCAGUUAUCAAUAGCCUGCCAGAUUCUGUAAGUUUGUUGGAGGACGUGAACACAAAUACAUUAUUACAUACAUUGAAUGUGACGGAUAUCGAGGGAGACAACAUAACAUGUCUACUGAACUCGAACAGCUCAUUAUUUGAAGUGACUUUGAUUCCACCAUCAAAUACAGAAUAUGGGAUCUAUCUAAAAGGUGGAACACAUCUUGAUUAUGACAUAACUCAUUCAUACUCGAUGACUGUAGAAUGUAGCGACAAAAGACGAAAUGAUACUGGAAAUUAUACAGUUAAUUUGAUAAGAAAUUCAGCACCAGUUAUCAAUAGCCUGCCAGAUUCUGUAAGUUUGUUGGAGGACGUGAACACAAAUACAUUAUUACAUACAUUGAAUGUGACGGAUAUCGAGGGAGACAACAUAACAUGUCUACUGAACUCGAACAGCUCAUUAUUUGAAGUGACUUUGAUUACACCAUCAAAUACAGAAUAUGGGAUCUAUCUAAAAGGUGGAACACAUCUUGAUUAUGACAUAACUCAUUCAUACUCGAUGACUGUAGAAUGUAGCGACAAAAGACGAAAUGAUACUGGAAAUUAUACAGUUAAUUUGAUAAGAAAUUCAGCACCAGUUAUCAAUAGCCUGCCAGAUUCUGUAAGUUUGUUGGAGGACGUGAACACAAAUACAUUAUUACAUACAUUGAAUGUGACGGAUAUCGAGGGAGACAACAUAACAUGUCUACUGAACUCGAACAGCUCAUUAUUUGAAGUGACUUUGAUUCCACCAUCAAAUACAGAGUAUGGGAUCUAUCUAAAAGGUGGAACAAAUCUUAAUUACGACAUGACACCUUUAUAUUCGAUGACUGUAGAAUGUAGCGAUACAAGACGAAAUGAUACUGGACAUUUUAUGGUUAAUCUAAUAAGAAAUUCAGCACCUGUUAUCAAUAGCCUGCCAGGUUCUGUAAGUUUGUUGGAGGACGUGAACACGAAUACAUUAUUACAUACACUGAAUGUGACGGAUAUCGAGGGAGACAACAUAACAUGUGUACUGAACCCGAACAGCUCAUUAUUUGAAGUGUCUUUGAUUCCACCAUCAAAUAUAGGUUAG